AUGGAUUUGGAGACUACCGUUAAAAAUGGGGUUUUGGGUGGUGUUGAAGGAGGUUUUUUUGGUGUUGGGAUUGGAGAGAAAUUGGAUCUGAAGAAGAUGAUUGAAGAGCUCAAUUUGCCAGAAGUUCCAUCUGUAUUUAUUUGCCCAAUUUCCCUUGAACCUAUGCAAGACCUAGUGACCCUUUGCUCUGGACAGACCUAUGAGAGGUCCAACAUUCUCAAAUGGCUUAGCUUGGGGCACUACACUUGCCCCACUACUAUGCAAUAG